CCGCAAGUUUCCAGCUGUUCUCUUCGGAUUUCUGUUGACAAUCGAAGCUUUUCGAUAUGAGCAAAUUAUUUGAAUUUUUUAAAACCAAGAAUUUGGAAAGAAAAUUCUCUCGCUUAGGCGAUGGACACCGACUUGGGGAUCCCCCAGAAUCAAGGUCGGUCCCUCAGCAAAUGCCAGCAGAUCCACCGAAACAGGUUAACCAGUCUUCCAAAAGCACUAACAAGGCUGCCGAUGCAGCGCUAGAACGGUUAAACCAACAGCGUGGCAAACCGAAAGAUAGCAGCAAGAAUACUGUCAAGCACGAAGUUGAACAAGCUCUCCAGGUGCAACGGGAAGCGGAGGAGCUUCGGGAGCGCUUUACUCAGAAAGUGGUCACCGUCGAGAAGCCAACGGUUAUAGCAAGAGUACUCUUUUGUUGUCCCGCUCUAUUCGCUUCAUCUGUUAUUGGCUCCCGUGACCAUGUCGACCAGGCUAUCCACAAUUACUUGAUUGCAGAAGCCGAGAGCAAUUUCGCCGAGGCUGCCACGUUAAUUUUAGCCCGAGGAUUGGAGAACAGCAAACCCCCCACGUCACCGGACAUUCCACUAGCUGAGCAACAAACCGCAUCGGAAUGGCGGGAGAAACGGCAGCAACAUUUCCUUCGCAUUUUAACAAAUCUACUUCAGUCACCAGAAAAUCCAACUUUUCGGCGGCUCCGUAUGGGUAAUAACCUUGUCGCCGAUCUGCUCUCGAUAGGCGGAGCUGAGAUGUUUUUUCGUGCUUGCGGUUUCACCAAGCAAAUGUUACCCGUGCAGAAACCUGCCGGGACCAGUGAUGAUGAUCAGCCAGGGGAUCCCCCAUCAACCGAGCCUUUUUUGGUCAUCUCAGAGGAAGCCGCUCAGGAUGCGCAACAUUUGCAGCACAUGUUUGAUUUGUUGAACACAGCUGAACCCAUUUUACCGGAGCUGUUUCGGGAUACUCAGGUUUUCAAGACCUCGGGCAACCUAUCCGGAUUGGCAACUCGCGAUCAGCUGCCCGAUGAAUUUUUCUAUCAAACCAAAGAGGAAGUGAAACGUUCGUUGGAACAACAGCAGCGCAUUAUUGAAGAAAGCGGAAUGCUUAUGACCAAGGCUAUGCGCGAGCGGUUGCGCGUGCAAGAAGUCCGCCUGUUCCGCUACGCAGUGGUUCGAGUUCGAAUGCCAGAUGGGCUAAUCCUGCAGUUGCUUUGUUCCAGAUCAGGGGUGAUACAAGAAGGCGAUCGCGUGAUCACAAUGAACGGGCAAACCACGCUUAAUCGCACGAUAGAAGAAUUGACCGAAGCUUUCCUCAACCCCGAGCCUGGACGACGUAAACCUCUGAGACUAACCCUGGUGACACAGUACUCGGUGGCUGACAACAUCAUCCCAACAGCCGGCGUAUUCGAUGUAAAGCUGGUACGGAGAUCGGCCAGUUUAGGUAUAAACCUACAAGCCUCCAUCAAAAAACAAGACGGUCAGCCGCUCCUGAUAAGUAAGGUAAUUCCUGGGAGCGUCGCCAGUAGGAGUGGUUCCAUUUGUCCCGGAGAUAUUCUUUUGGCCGUGAAUGGUGUCCAUCUGGCGUCCUGUAGUCUGUCGGAGGCGAUCCGGUUAUUACAAGCCUCGGAGGAGGAAAUUGUCACAUUGCGUGUUCAAAAACUCGUGCCUACUAAAUCGAUUCCCAACUCAGACAAUCCGUUGAUUUGUUCAAACCCUGAUACAUCGAAUUUGCUACUUCGACCGGUCGAAGUCCCAGAGUCUCAGCUGACUCAGCUUCUUCCAACUCAGGAACCUCGAUCAGUGGAGGAGGUGAGUAGUCCACCAGAAAUAGCUUUGACACACAAGGCGCUGGAGACACCUACCACAUCCACUACUCGACGUAGAACCAGGAGGGAAGACCGAGUAUAUAUCACGGGUCGAUCUACCUCCUCGGACCAGGAUGACCUUCACGUUACAGACGUCAGGGACUCGAACAAACAAGUGACUCGGGUCAUACACCAAGCACCCUCCGCAAGCGUUGUCUCAGAAGAGGGAAACAGACGGAAAAACAUGCCGGGGCCACAGCAUUUGCCUCAGUCCAGUGUCGUGGAUGCACGCCGUCGUCUAAUCAGUAGUCCAGAGAGUAAGUUCAACCGCGCCCAUUUUAAAUCUGCUGGUUAUAAAACCAACUGUUAG